AUGGCAGGACGCGACCUGAUCGGCUAUGGCCCCAACCCGCCGGCGGUUGAAUGGCCCAACGGCGCACGCAUCGCCGUGUCCUUUGUAGUCAACUACGAGGAGGGGUCGGAGAACUCCAUCCUGGACGGCGACGCUCACGGCGAGACGGUUGGUGAGUCGCCGUCGCCGGUGGCCAGGGGUGAGCGAGACCUGGCCAACGAGUCGUUCUUCGAGUAUGGCAGCCGGGUCGGCGUCUGGCGCAUUCUGGAUCUGUUGGACGAGUAUGGCGUCGACUCGACCAUCUUCGCCUGCGCCCUGGCCCUGGAGCGCAACCCCGAGGUGGGGCCGGAGGUCGUCCGCCGGGGACACGAGGUGAUGGGGCACGGCAACCGCUGGGAAGAGUACUACAAUAUGGACCGGGAGGCCGAGCGGCAGGCAAUCCGUGAGGCGGUGGCAUCCAUCACCCGCAGCACCGGGGAGCGGCCGCUGGGCUGGUACACGCGCUAUGGCCCCAGCGUGAACACCCGGGAGCUGGUGGUGGAGGAAGGCGGUUUCGUCUACGACUGCAACGCCUACAACGACGACCUGCCCUACUACACCGAGGUCCACGGCAACCCGUGGCUGGUGGUUCCCUACUCGCUGGAGGUCAACGACUACGGGUUCUGGCGCGGGCAGUUGUCAACGCCGAUGGACUUCUUCGAGUCGGCGCGCAACUGCUUCGACACCCUCUACCGGGAGGGAGCAACGCACCCCAAGAUGAUGUCGGUGGGGCUGCAUUGCCGCAUCAUCGGGAAGCCGGCCCGGGCGGCGGCGCUGCGCCGGUUCAUAGAGUACGUGCGGAGCAAGCCCGAUGUCUGGCUGGCCCGCCGCAUCGACAUCGCCCGGUGGUGGCUGGCGAAUUACCCGGCAGAGUAG